CUUAUUAAAUAGGUUGAGGAUGCUUGCGGUGGAAUGGAUGAGAAUCAUUCGUACAGAGAUUUUCAAAACGAGUUAGCAAAUUCCGUAUCAAUAACUACCGAGAUCAACCGGUUCGAAGCUGUUCAUCCUCACAUUUACAAAUGCUACGAUCUGCUUCAACGUGUAGAUGAUGCGGCUAUCCGUGAAAGUAUUCAAAAUUGCCUGCUAUCCAUUGAAGAAUCGUUUGUGAACAGCCAGGAGUGGACCCUAAGUAAAUUCGUCCCUGAAAUACGACUUGGUGUACUUGGGAGUUCUAACAGUGGAAAAAGUGCUCUUGUUCAUAGAUAUUUGACAGGAACAUAUCUACACGAAGAAUCACCUGAUGGAGGACGCUUCAAGAAAGAAGUGUUUGUUGACAGCCAAAGUGUUCUCAUGCUUAUUAGAGACGAAGCACCAGGGCCGGAAUUGCAGUUUGCCCUUUGGAUAGAUGCUGUUGUGUUUGUAUUUGGACUCCAUGACAAAGAAAGCUUCAACACUGUUCUUGAGUACUACCAGAAGCUAUCAUUUUACCGAUUGCUCAAAGAUGUGCCCGUCAUAUUAGUGGGAACUCAAGACUACCUGUCGGACGAAGUCCCAAGGGCAGUGGAUGACGCGAGUGUCAGAAAAUUAGGAGCUGAAAUCAACAAGUGCGCCUACUUUGAGACAUGUGCUUCUUAUGGCCUGAAUGUGGAAAGAGUGUUCAAUGAAGCGGCUUCAAGAACAGUUAGUUUGAAGAGAAGUUUGAGUGGUUUGGCCAAUACGACAAUCUACAACACGAAUGCCUCCUCGAAUUCAGCCAGCAGUCCGCAGCACUUCUUUGCUCAUAGUUUGAACAACUCGAACGCGUCAGGGUUGAACCAGAACAACAAAAACCACUCGACCUCUUCGCUGCUUCAGUCGAACAGUGGAGGUGCUUUAGGCAGCUGUGGCAGGUACUCAGAUCACAGUGGUUCGAAUCAUGGAUCAUCUACAUCUCUCAACCGACUGAACACGGCAUCAACUCAGCAGCUAGUGAGCGCCUAUGCUAUCUCAGAGACCCUGCCUGCCAAUCAGCCACCACCCGUACCCCCAGCUUUACCCCCGCGUAACCUGCCGCAUCGCACAACAUCCAGCGCCACACUCGCAACAGGAGUCUCAACAACACCUCAGAACCUCACUCCUCAAGUGGGCAGGGGAAUCAGCCAGCAGUCAUAUCACAGCCAACACUUGGUCAACGCAACUGCUAACUUCUCACCACAUAUGGUGCAACCAGGCUCACAACUUCAAAUAAACAGUAACUCUCUCAACUCGAAUGCCAGCAGUAAUGCCAAUGCAGGUAGUCUGUCGUUCGGAGGUGCAAUCAAGUGCUUCCCAAAUCAGCAGCCUAUUCAAGCAGGGGAAAGAAGCGAUUACACGGACAACGACGAACAAAUGAGUAGCGGCAGCACGCCCAAUGCAGGCCGAAAAAGCAGCGGCAGUACUAAACGAAAAUCAAACCUCUUUUCGAGCACGAUGCUGGAGUGCUUUUCUCCUCAGGCUGUGCUGCCUAAUCUACCAGGCAUGAACAGCCAGUCUUACGUGCUGUCCAACAAUAACACGCUUAACAGCACUACUGGCUCCCAGUCCAAAGGCAGUCUGCGCUCUAGACGCAAAUCCUCAAAUACUGGUAACAAGCGUAAACAACAACAUCAAUUGCAGCAACAGCAGCAACAACAACAACAGCAGCAGCAAUUGAUAAACAGUCAUUUUCAACAACAGAACAACUUCGCACCCCCUCUCAACACAAAUAGUCUCCAACAUAACAGCACCCAUUCUGGAGGAGGGGGCAACAGUAGCAAUAACCCUGUGGGCGCCCAAGCGGGAGGCUUGAUGAUGCCCUCUGCGCCAAAUGCGAGAGCGAGUUGCGAGUCGUUCCCAGGGCUGGGCGUGGGUAGAGCCAUUCCAAUCAAAGAGGGUCUACUAUACAAACGUAGCAGCAAAGCACUGGGCAGAGAGUGGAAGAAGAAGUAUGUCACUUUAAACGACAACGCCACCCUCACAUACUACCCAAACUAUGCAGACUACCAGUCGAACAAUGCUAAGACGUGCAAAGAAAUUUCACUGUACAACUCAUCUGUGAAAGCAUCUGCAAUAUGCAGGCCACGUAGCACCACAGGGCUCGGAAACGCACUCCCUACCAGUAACUUUGGCUCCGCCUCUGUCGCGCCCAAUCAAACAAACGCGUUCGGGAGCAGGACCCAGUCCAUGUCUAUAACGACAGCCAGUGCUGCUAGCAAAUCUUCACCUUCAACACCCACACACCUGCUGGGAAACAACGUGAGCGGAGUACUCAUCAAUGGAGUCAACUCCAUGCACAUAGACCCAGAUGCUUCUGCAGUGGGCUGUCGCAACUCGUACAACGGAUCCACUCCACAGUCGUCACAAUCGAGGGUGCUGAACUCGGCCUCCUUCGACCUAAACAGCAACCUCAGUGUGGUGUCAUCCUCUAACCACCCGCAGCAGCAGCAGCAGAACACACGUGCAACUCCAGAUCUGACAACAGACCACCAGUCACUCUCUCUGCAACAACAGCAGCAAACUAAUGGUCAGUCGAGUGGAGGAGGAAAAGAUAAGGAAAAGGAGGCUUCCGGAGGGAACAAGAGGAAACACAGAAGACAGAAAAGCAUCAGUCAGACAAGACAUUCCGCCUUAAACGACGAUUCCGACGACGUGGAGUUCAUGAUAAUCAAAAUGGACAAGAAGUGGCAGUUCGAAGCAAACUCACCUGAGGAUCGUGACGAGUGGAUAUCGGCCAUUCAGCAGCAGAUCGAGACGAGUCUUCUCAGUGGACCAGACUCCACGAUCACAAACACCACCGGAGCAUCUUUGGACAACAUCAUGUCAUCUACAAACCAGAAUCAGAGCUCCACUCAUUACAACAGCCAGAACCCCAACUACCCCUACGUGCAACAAUUCCACCACAGCUCCUCGGGGGGUUCAGUCCCAAGGGGUAGUAAUCAACAUCAGCAGCACAUGUCAACACACGGCGUGAACGGACUGGGAGAUCACUACUCGCCUUUCGUUUUGCCAUCGCUUAACUUGAACGACGCACAUAAACAGGCCAUACUUUCACUUCCUGGAAAUAACAGAUGCGCAGACUGUGACGAGCAGGACCCUAAAUGGGCAAGUGUUACAUUUGGGAUCCUGGUGUGCAUAAAGUGCAGUGGAGUCCACAGAAACCUGGGAACACACGUGUCUCGAAUCAAAUCAUUGGACCUAGACAACUGGACGAGCAGUGCAUACAAUGUUAUGAUCUCAGUCGGAAACCUAGUGGCAAAUCAGGUAUUCGAGGGACGACUGUUCGGAUCUCCAAACGACUCGCUCUCAGGUGUUAAAAAGUGUAACCGAACCUGUACGGACGAGGAACGCAAAGCGUACAUUCAACAGAAGUACAUAGAAAGGAAGUUUUUGUCGCCUCUGCCUUUAAGCACAACAAGUACAAACAACAGCCGAGCCUCCAGUUCACAGCAGCCGCUAGCAGUGCAGUUGAUUUCAGCCGUGCAGAGAAGGGACAUACCUCUGGUGCUACUUUUGCUAGGUCAUUGUGCCCCCAACAGAUCAUCUUCUUCUGUGUCUCCCUCGCCCUCGCCCGCCAGACGCAGCAGUGUGGUAGGGAUUGGGGUGUCUUUACCCCCAAAUGCAGUCCUUCAGCACUCAGCCGCAGAGUUAAAUCAUCACGACCCCUCAGAUAAAACACAGAAGACGGCUAUGCACGUGAGCUGUGAGACGAAUCAACCAGCCAUUGCAUCUCUACUUUUAGCUUUUGGAGCAGAGAGCCGAAUGAAAGAUUGUGACGGCAGGACACCUCUGGACUAUUGCAAAAUAUUCGGAUCCAGAGUAUGCGAGGAGCUGCUUUCUAACUAAGGUGGACGUUUUAAUCUUUUUUCGCCCUGUUUCUCGACAACUGCCGAGUUCUUCACUUCCUUGUGGAUGUGGCAUUACCACUUUGCUAGAACCCUGCAGCCUAUACCUUAAUGUGGAUUCUCAUACCCUCAAUUGCAAGCCGUCAUAUCUCUAAGCACAUCUCCAAAGAACAUCCAUCUCAUUUCGACCUGAUUUUGUUACGUAGCUCUUCUGGGAUCUAAAUUCGUAAGCGUCUGAAACGAAAUGUGGAGAGUUCGUCUCAGAGUAAGGACAGAUUAGAGCGCUUCAAUGAAUAGGAAAUUAAAAAAGAAACACAAAAGCAACCCAAAAAGAAAACUCGCUUUCAAUUCGUGGCUUUGUUCGGGCAUUGGAACAGUUUUUUCGCCAUCCAUUAAUAAACUGAGAACUCAAAAUUGUCUUGAAAAUUGUUUUGUAGUCGAGUGUUAAAGGUCUCUUUUAUUCCAAGACGUGCGUGCUAUUUUAUCUGAAAGCCAGAAGAAACAUUGUUACCUGUACCAACUAUCAAAAAUGUUGCUCAAGGCUAGCACAUUUUGCUGUGAAUUAAUUGUUCUGUAUCAUUAAUUUCAUACAAUCGACCAGUCAAUAGUAGUUAGUUUCUUAUUUUUGCUCAGAAUUUAUUACCUUUAAUUGAACUAUUCAGAAACAAUGACCUUUCUCGCAGUACUUAAAGAUGAAUUGUUUUGAUUGGGCGUUCUUUUCCAACGUAGCCUUUAAUUGGUGGAAAACAAACUAAUUUCAAAAAUGGAUUCGAAAUCGUGGGCUGUUUAUUGAUAUUGAUAUUGCGAAAAAGUAAUUUAUAUAUGAUGAAUUUGUACAUAACUAGAAUACCUUUCUCUAAACCCUCUGGAUUAGAAUGUUUCGCAGUUUCGUACAGCUGUUUUGACAUCACUCAUAUUUGUGUAAACGAACUUAUUGAAAUAUUCAAGCGCGAUUUUGAGUGAAGUCAAUGUUUAAUUGCUAAUUUUUGUCUGAUUGCUGUCCAACAUUUUUUGUGAUCUUAAAUUAUUUUCCAUAUUCUCU